AAAUAAUUUGAUCCAGUUAUCUGCAUUCAGUGUCAACUAGUCACAAUUACCAGUGAAAAGUGUCAGUUUGGACUGCUAUGGAAGUUUAAUUCAUGCCGUCAAGAAUAAUUUAAAUUAAUUAUCAUCAAUUACGCCAGUGCCAGUGAAUGAAUCGUAAAACAAAACAAACUACCAGCAGCGCGGGCAAUGCUUCAAGCCAUUACCGAGGAACCAUAGGGCAAAAAGGCAACAUAAGUGGCGAGAAACAAAAAAAAAUCUUUGAAUGAAAUUUUGUGAAUGAACGGCGAGCCCGAAUGAAUGGAACGGUGUCGUAGUUAUUUUUUUUUUCCUCCCCGUUCGUUUCGCGUGUUGUCAGUGAGGUGGUGCGCGAAAUUUUUUCAUGAAUGAAUGACGAACGCCUGUUUGGUGCGGUGCGCACGCGUGCGCAAAAGCUAUGCGCGCAAAGUGCAUCGGAUGAUGAUGAUGGUGGUUGCUGAUGGAUGCUGCUGAUGGAUUGUGAAGAUGAUACAGGUUCAUGCAAGGAGUGUGACAAAUUGCGAGCUAAGUUAAUCAUUAAGUUGACUGAUGGUGAGACAAUCAGUGAAACAAACUGCAUGAUUGUGAAUUACUUAGCAUCGCUCUACCUUCAAGUGAUUUAAAUUCUGAACGCAUAAUUGAACCGAACAAGCAGAGCAUUCCCGAGGCAACGAAACAAUUGAUGCAUUUUAUUACCAAAUGAAUAUGGAUCGAGCAAGGUGGGUGGUAGCAUGCAAGACUUCUCCAAGGAAGAGUUCGGUCUUCUUGGGGCAAGUGUUGUAGGCAGCGACAAGGAUUUGCUCCCCACCGGAGUCGUCGGCGUUCAGCCGAGCCAGCAUUUAGCUUCGCACAUUCACCACGGCGGCGUCCAUCCGGGGCUCGCCCAUCACGUCCACGUCGUCGGGAACGGCUCGUCGUCGUCGGGAGUCGUGGUCGUCGAUGACAUCAAGCCCGGGGAUCUGAUCGAGGCCGGCGACGUCGGCAAGCUGGACAGCGAGGUCGACCGGGAUCUGUACCCCUGGAGUACCAUCGGGCAUCACAUUGGGAGUCAGUUUUUGCGUAGCUCGGACGACCCGCUCAUAUCCGGCGGCACCAACGACAACCAGAACGAUAAUGAGCUUAGCGUUGCCACUGCGUCCCACCAGUCCAUGUGUUCAUCGCCCACGCCCCCACCGGUCCCCCAGAAGCCGCGCCACGACCGCAACACCAUCCGCGUGCCCGCGUCUAUCCUUUCGCCGGAACUGCCCCCGGAUACGCCCGAGUCACCGCUGCCCACUCCUCCACCGCCACGAGGUGGACGUCGAGGCGGAGGCGGCGGCCGUCAACGGCGCAAGGGUCCGAUCAAGCUGCGGUUCCACCACCAGGCACUGCCUCCGGAGUACCUGGACCACUAUGAGGCAACGCAGAAUCUUACGGCGAAACGAGAACAGCUUCAACUGCAGCAGCAGCAGCAACAGCAAAAUCAGCAGAGUAGGAAAAUGGAACGCCAGGUGGCGCAUGAUCGGGAAGAUCGAACCAACGAAUCGGUUCGGAACUGGUUACAGAAGAUCUUGGAGCUGCAGAAGGAGGGCGUUUCGUUAGCGCCGAUAAAAGAUGAUAUUGAGGCGAACGGGGAGUCGACUACGGCUCCGAAGAUCGCACGGAACAAGGUCGUCAGUUAUACUGACCUGCCUUAUAUGGGCGAGAUGACCCUGGAAAACUCAAAACCGAGAAGGGGUCGAAAGCCGAAGAAGGCCGACAUCUGUCACUUGAUCUACAAGAAUUAUGGAACGAUCCUUUCUGGGACUCCGAAACCUGAGUCCAUACAGGAGAGGGUACACAAUGGGAACCGCACGCAGACCCGCAGCAGUAGUCUCCUGGAGAGACGCCUCACCGAGAAGGGUCUGAUCGCGGAAAAUGGGAAGGGCAAGCGUGAGGAACCGCUGAAUCUGUGCGUUCGCGAUGGUGGAACCGAUCCGCUGGCGUUGUCAAGUUCCGACGAGGAAAGUGACUUCGUGGUCGAUUCCGCGUGUCACACGCCGAUCAUCGCUCCAUCGGAUAUCAGUACAGAUCUUGCGUUGGCCGAAACUAUGAAAAUGUCACUGCCAAACCUGCAAAGUACAGCGGCCUCCUCGAGUGGAGAGACGCCCUCGACGGCCGAGACUCCCCCCGGUGGGUACAUGUACUGGCCAAACGUGGGUGGCUUCAUCCAUCCCAUGGCGCUGUACUACCAGAAGCUGGUAGACUCCAACAAUGGUCAAUCAAGCUCGUCCACCACCACCAACUCGGUUCCCAGCACACCAAACGACCCCACAAAGCCGUCAACGGCCUCAUCGACCAACUCCACACCACCACCCCCGACAACACCCUCAUCACCGGCUCCGACCUCCACCACACCCAAACCACACCAGACACUGGUCCCCAAGCCCAUCUCACAGCUCAUCAAACCGGAAAAGACACCCACCAGCACCACAAAGCACUCUCCACCGACACAGAAGCGCAAACGGUCCGCCAUCUUCAUUCCGCCCGUCCCCGCGGAAAACAGUACAAACCCCGCCACCGAGGUCAGCAUUUGCAAGUUCAAGUUCACCGGCGGAGCCAAACCCUGCCUGCAGGAAAAAAAGAUGCUCAGUGUCGACUCGGGCGGCAACUUCCGCUACUACUCCGGCACCGGUGACAAAUCGAUGCGCGGCUACGAGUUCUUCCCCCGGGAAAGCCUCCAACAGUCGAGUCUACACGCGACCACCACCACCGGUGCCUUCCUGAACACACCACCCGUGGAAAAGAUUACCUGUGACCUGCCGCCGCCCUCGCUCGGUCUUAGCAAUGACAUUCUACAAAUCCCAGACUUCCCGAGCGCCACCACCGGCCUCGUCUCACCGGGCGUCACGUCCGGCUUUCACCGGUCCGGCUUCCGCUCGGCCGAAUCCGCCGAAGCGCGCCGUGCCCGGCGACGAUCGCGGCGUUCCACGCAACGCGAAAGCCUCGAGAAGACCUUCAAGGAGAAGGGAUUCCUCAUUCAAACCCAGCAGCUGCAAUCGGCCGAAGGUGCGACCUACUGUAAGUUUAGACAAUUACGCAAAUUUACCCGCUAUCUCUUCCGAAGCUGGAAAGACUACCUUCCUGGAGAGCUACAGCAGCAGCAGCAGCAACCUGCGGGAGAACUCGGCGGACCCGGCGGUGGAGAGCUGCCUCAUGAUGGGCUGUCACUGAUGGGCGACGAGGACGAGGACCUGCUGGAGUCGAGUCCAGCAAGGACGCCAACCGGAACCGAGGUUGAGGAGCAUGGUCAUGAUGGACCCAAUAGAUAACGGAGAGCCGCCGACCGCGGUGAAGCCACGUGUUCGCCAAAGAUUAGGAAUCGUUAAGGAAGAUGCACUUGCUCUUUAGUUAAUAGCGAAAUUGCGUUUAUUUUCUAGAAUUGUAGAAAUCGAAAUAAGUUUUGUUCUUGAAAAGGAAAAACCAGUUAACACAAGCACACGCCGGUAUCGAUCGAUGCACAAAAAUGAGGGAAAUUCUAGUCGUUUUAAUCGUAAUGAUCUUUAUAUUUUCUAAAUAAGUUUUGUGUAAACUAUUCUAUGUUUGUAUAAAAAAAAAGAAUAACUGAAUUUCAACGUUGCCAUACAACCGCCGUGUACUUUUACCCUACUUCUGUUUUGUAUAGUUUUGUUCUCGUCGUGUUUUAUGUUGUUAAUAAACAAAAUGUAACUCUUUUUUAUUAUUACUAAAA